AUGGCGGAUCAUCAUCCCGAAAAAAAUGGACAUUCUUCACCUCACGAAGAAUAUCCACAAUAUCUUAACGGAACCUCUAACCUGGCAGAAUUCGGUGGAAAUGAAGUGAACUACUCAAGAGCACAGGGGAAUUUUCAGGAGUCACACUCUCACGAUUAUACAAAAGAUCAAGAAACAGUAAUUGAAGAAAGUCCAAAUUGCAGAUAUGCCAAACUAAACACAAUUUUAGGUAAAGGUGCUUAUAAAGUAGUUUAUAAAGCUAUUGAUCGUGAAGAAGGUUAUGAAACAACGAGAGCAGAGUUUAAUGACUUGAGUUUGGAAAUAAAAAUUUUAAAGCAGGUUCGCCAUCCAAACAUAAUCAACUUCCAUGAUUGUUGGUAUAAGGAUGCCGAAUUCAUUUUCGUCACAGAAUUAAUGACUUCUGGAACUUUGCGGCAGUGGGUUUAUUAUAUUCUUGCAUUAUUUCACCUGAAACGAUGGUCACGUCAAAUUCUCAAAGGUCUUAUAUACCUACAUUCACAUAAUCCACCAAUUAUUCAUCGUGAUAUCAAAUGUGACAAUAUCUUUAUCAAUGGCGCGCAUGGGGAAGUGAAAAUUGGUGACAUGGGAACGGCCAAGAUGAAGUUGGGAAAAAAAGUAUACCGUCAUCGGUAUGCAGUAGUAACAAAUCCCAGCUGGGUUUGCUAUCGUGGGACUCCUGAGUUCAUGGCUCCCGAAAUGUACGAAGAAAAAGGAUAUAGCGAAAAGGUCGAUAUCUAUGCGUUUGGCAUGUGCCUUCUUGAAAUGGUUACCGGCGAAUAUCCAUACAUUGAAUGCGAGAAUGCACCUCAAGUAUAUAAAAAAGUCACUUCGGGCAUAAAGCCGUUGAGUCUAACUAGGGUUACAGAACCAGAUAUCCUAGACUUGAUAAGACAUUGUCUAGAUCCCGAAAAUGAAAGGUACACUGCACAGCAAAUAAUGGAACAUCGUUUUCUUGCAGUAGAGCCAGAAGUGGUGUUAUUAACUGCAGAUAACGCAAAAACUCAACUAACCCUGCAAGUUGUUUUCAAAGGAAUGGAUAAAUUAUCCGUUAAGUUUGAAUUUAACGUUGAAAAAGACACAGCAGAACAGGUCGUUAAUGAAAUGAUCGAGGAGAAAGUUCUUAAAGAUCAGUAUCAACAACUUGUAACUCAUGAGAUAAAUCGUAUUUUACGUGAAAUUAAUAAAUCAACAAGUGAGGAUGAAUCAAAGAAAGAAGAGCACAAGACAUCAUGGCCAUCACAACCAAUAACACCGCCUUUUCAUGUGGGAAUGUCUCCACAUUUACAACCCCAGAGAUCCUCUCAUACACCUGUUCCUACGCCGAUGGCCCUCGGUGGGGAUAGCCCAACUAGCACGUUAUCACAGCAACAAAUAAUGACAGAUUCACAAUUACCACCGCGAAAGAAUUCCUUUUCUGGUGGACAGGCAGAAUGGAAUCAAGAAUUUGAUGAUACACAUCCCGUUAAAGAGUAUCCAGAUAAUACACCAAUUGAAGAUUUUGUUCGUGAAGUUGUCCUUGCAACAAACAAAGACCCCGAAAAAGCAAAGGAAUGGACGGAAAAACUAAAAAGACAAGAAAUCGAGACUGUUGGCAAUUUACGAGCACUAAUUGAUGAAGAUUGGCAAGGUAUUGGAUUAACCAUAUUUGCCAUGCGUGCUCUAAAGAAUUCCUUACGUG